UAACAUCAAGGGAGUUCGUGUUUGAUAUACACUGUUGCAGUGGCCGACACCGGGUUAUAAGGGAAUUACCUGCAAUGCUGCACUGGAACAUACAGCCAUAGAACUCUGUGCCAGAAAAUUAUAAAUAUUAUAAUCUACAGUUAAAGCAAGCUACGAAAACAGGUACACCAAACAUAUUUCUAGGAUAUUCUGGGAUAAGAAGUUCCCAUGGGUCGUGGAGGGAAGCAGGGCGGUGACACACUCACAUGGAGAGAGGUUCAGGGACACAACAAACCUGACGAUAAAUGGUUAGUUAUUGAUGGACAGGUGUACAAUAUAACGAAGUGGGCAGGAAGACACCCUGGAGGCUCCCGGGUCAUCAGUCACUAUGCAGGACAGGACGCCACUGAGGCUUUUAAAGCCUUUCACAAUGAUCUGGCCACAGUGAAGAAAUUUCUUAGUCCAAUCCAUGUCGGAAAUGUGGAGGAUUAUCGGCAAUCUUGUCUGGAUGAUGAUUUCCGAACUCUAUGUGAGACAGUCAAGAAAAAGGGAUACUACGAACCAAGUUACAUUUUCUUUUUGGUAAUGAUGGUACAGGUAUUUGUUCUGGAGUCUUUAUCUUACCUGGUGAUGGCGUACUUCGGGACAGGCUGGGUACCGUACUUGAUAUCCUUAGUGUGUGCAGCCGCUGUACAGGCACAGGCUGGAUGGAUACAACAUGACUUUGGUCACCUGUCAGUAUUUAAGAACUCAACACUAGACCACCUUAUACAGUAUUAUCUGAUGGGCAUAGUAAAGGGAGCCUCGCCUCAUUGGUGGAAUCACCUACAUUUCCAGCAUCAUGCCAAGCCUAAUGUGAUAAACAAAGACCCAGAUGUAGCUAUGGACAAGUUAUUUGUAAUUGGAGAAGUUAUGCCAGUUCAGGUUGCGAAAACAAGGAGAAAAUUCAUGCCAUUCAACUUACAACAUAGAUAUUUCUUCUUAAUUGGUCCGCCAUUGCUGUUUCCUGUGUACUUCCAGUUUAUGCUGUUCCGACAUAUCUACACGCGCAGACUGCCAGUUGACUUGGCCCUGGUGAUGAUAUACUUCUUUAAGUAUUUUUACCUGUUUACACCUAUGCUUGGAUUAGGGGGAGCUAUUGUUUUCUACUUUAUGAUGAGGUGUCUAGAAAGCCACUGGUUUACCUGGGUGACUCAAUCUAAUCACAUCCCUAUGAACAUCGACAAUGACCAGGCCCUGCACUGGAUGAAGCUUCAGAUGCAGGCUACGUGUGAUAUCCAGAAAUCUGUCUUCAAUGAUUGGUUCACUGGCCACCUCAACUUCCAGAUAGAGCAUCAUUUGUUUCCCACGAUGCCGCGCCACAAUCUGUACAAAGUAGCACCCCUCGUCCAGUCCCUAUGUAAAAAACAUGACAUUAAGUACGAGGUCAAGCCACUGUGGACAGCCUUCAAGGAUAUCGUCAGAUGUCUGAAGCAUUCAGGUGCAUUAUGGGAAGGAACAUACAACGCAUACCAUUCCUAAAGAGACCAGGAACUAAGACUACAUGUCAUGGUGAUUGGUUCCAGCAGUGAGGAAAUUCAAACUUGUUUGACAAUGAAGAUUUUCAUCAUUUCAUACCUAAGCCAAAGAUGUCUAGAUAUACUUUGAAAUGUUUGAUGUAGUUAGUAUAUUGCAGUACCACCUCAAGUUCAGUUAGAAAGUCAAAUCGAUCUCUUAGUAAAUAUUUAUAAGCGUUGAUGAGGUAACAAUGAUUGCAUAUGAAUAUAAGGGUAGAAUAUUUUUUCAUGUAUGUGUGCAUAUAUUUUUUUAUAAAAAAGGGGAGAGAGUUAGAGAGAGAGAUAGUAUUUUAUAGCAUUUCUGCCAGGAUUAUAUUUCCUUUGCUAUUUAACGGAGGGAUUCCCCAAUUAUCUCCUUUGCUAUUUUUGGAGGGAAUUUCUUAAUUAUUUACUUUGCUAUUUUAGAAGGGGUUCCCUCAUUAUCUCCUUUGCUAUUUUUGAAGGGAUUCCCUCAUUAUCUCCUUUGCUAUUUUUGAAGGGAUUCCCUCAUUAUCUCCUUUGCUAUUUUUGAAGGGAUUCCCUCAUUAUCUCAUUUGCUAUUUUUGAAGGGAUUCCCUCAUUAUCUCAUUUGCUAUUUUUGGAGGGAAUUUCCUGAUUAUUUACUUUAUUAUUCUGGGGAUUGUAUGCUGUGAUAUUCCUGAAGUGCUACCCUAGAGAACAGGCGGUAUAUAAUAUUCUCUUGAAUACGAAGCUGAUGUAAGUAACACUUAUAAAACAUGAUUUUUGGCUUGUUCCAGAUUUCCCCUUCUUCAUUAAAGUUUGUUAAACAAAGAUUAUCAAACAUGGCCAAGUCUAAAACAUAGGUGAUGUUGUGUAUAUGUUCUAGUCCCUACCUAGGUAAGCUACCUUGUUAAGUUCUGUACUUUCCUCAGAGGAGUUUACAAGUUACAGUGAGAGUCGGAUAAGGUGCCGAUCGGUGAGCGACAAUCUAUCAAUAGCCUGAUUUCUUUGUUUACACAGGUGCAGUCUUUCAUGUCUACCAUCUUAUCCUAUUAAUGACUUUAAUAAAAUUGUCGAAGAAAUGAAA